GUAACACAUCCUCUUUACUUUUGUACCUGGUAUCUUGAAGAUGUUAGGACAAGAUCACCUUUACUCGGGCUUAGCCCUGACACCUUGACCAAUGCUUGCAAACGCAUCAGGAAUUGUGCGAGCGCAAAGGAUCGAGCCAUAGCGGAAGCUGCUAUAAGAAAGGCGUCUGUAAGUGCAGCUGCUGUCAGCUCUCAAUGCCCGGCCAGAUCUGCCAACGUUAUCACCAAAGAAUACUUCUUUCCCUCCACGUUUUGCAGUUUCUCCAACGCCUAG